UCCCUCCAGGCACAAGUGCUGCAGUGGCUGUAAGAGUCACUGCAGAGAGUUGCUUGGGUACCCGGAGGACAAGAUGUUGUGGUAUGGGACAGUGUUGCUGAUUCAAUCAGUUGAGGAUUCACUACCCUGGGUUCCAGCACUAACUGACAUGAAGAGACAAGCAGAAACUACCUUCCGCACAACAAGCCCAAGGAACAAUCGGGUUACUGGUAACGGUAAAUAUUCUCCCCUUGACACACCAGGACUUCUAUACAACAGGGAAGGGUACAUUAAUGUGGCCAAAAGUGUUUCUAAUGUAAACGUUCCUGGACUCAGUCAACCAGAGGUUGUCCUCACAAAGUACUGUAUUGACUGCCGGCUGGAUUGGCACUGGGAGCAGUGUUUGCAGGGAAUCCUGUCGGAAUCACCUCUCCCCCCAAAUCCUUACCCAACCGUAGCUUCAGAAUUCAUAAAGGCUUCCCUAAGGAUGGACCUCUGGCAGAAGAGAGACGAGGAAAUUAUCCGUCAGACACUUCAGCUUACAUCAAAACUCAUUGACUGUGAGCACUACAUCUUCCAGGUUCCAGGCUUAGCGGUGUUUGGGUUGAAGAAUGCCCUAUGCCUAUUGAGUCCAAACACAUUUCAGACUGUACUUGGACUGGUUACUUUGAUACGAAACAAGGACAUCCUGCAUCGAUAUCAAGACUUCAAGGUGCUUCAGUCUUCCGCUGGCUCGUCAUGGCAGUACCUCCCCAUCGUUAAAUAUUUUGUGCUGUAUUAUUUUGAGGAUCAAGAGGAAAGCUGGCUGUGUUUUCCCCAGCAUGAUCCCAUUGCCGUUUACCAAGACGUUUUCCUUUCCAAGGAGGCUGCAGUGUUUCACUGCCAGAGAGUAGGUCCAGCUGGAGAUCCUUUCAAUGGUGCUAACCAGCAAAAAGCGAUGACAUCGUUGGAUCCUCAAAUUCUCGAGAGUUUCUUGAAGAAUGAUCUUCUCAGUACCUAUAGGUCUAUCUAUAUCUGCUGCCUUGUGCCAAUUCCAGAAAAGUUCACCAUCGACUCAACAGUUAGAAGGGGGCGCGGGAAUUGUUUAGCUGGUCCCAGCAGCCAGGCAGCUAAAAUUAACCUUGGUUGUCUUUAGGUUCUGGGAGUGUAUGUGUAACCAGGUAAUCCUGCUCUUUCAGUUGAACUCCUGCUCAGGCUGCAUGUGUAUUCGGACCCAAUGGAAUCAGUUUAAGCAGGAACUCACAGGCUUGAGAGUCCCUUCUGCCAGCAGCAGCCUCCCAAUUAUACUGGGUAUUUGGAAAGUCCUUGUGCAACUUUAAACUUCAAUAACUUUGUGCACAUGUAAAACUGUAAAUGGAUUAUUGAAGCAUAAUUCAUGUUUUGUUUUAAUGUUAAGUGUUCUUAAUGUUGUUAAUGCUGUGUUAAUGUCUAUAAAAUCACCCAGUAGGAACUGGAAAAUGUUUACAAACAAGUUGGAAAAUUGGACUGAACAAUGUACCACAAAAGAUGGCAUCCAUGUUGAAGCCUAGAAAUUUAAACUGCAUUGUAUUAAAACUUUGCCAAUGUGUGCCAUUUACAAUUUGCUUCUACCCUAUG